AUGGCUACUUCGCAAUCUACUCUUCUUCUUCAAAAACAACUCAACGAAUUAUUAAAGCAUCCUGUUGAAGGCUUCUCCGCGGGACUUGCUGAUAAUGAUAUUUACGAGGACUAUCCCUUGAUGCCUCCAAAACUGAGAUUUGUUUCUGACAUGUGGCAUCCAAAUGUAUAUCCCGAUGGCGAACAUCCUCCAGGCGAAGAUAAGUAUGGGUAUGAAGAUGCUGGUGAAAGAUGGAGACCUAUUCAUACAGUUGAAACUAUUUUAUUGAGCGUCAUUUCAAUGCUUUCGAGUCCUAAUGAUGAGUCACCUGCAAACAUUGAAGCUGCCAAGGAAUGGAGAGAAAAUUAUCCUGCAUUCAAAAAGCGCGUUCAACGUAUAGUUCGAGAUUCCAUAGGUUAA